CCAAAAUCCACUGUGCAGUUUACGAGGCAUCUUUGAACCUCCCUCUCUCUAUUGGGCUCCUUCAACGAGUUCUCUUACAAUGGUCACUGGUACGAUCCCUCCAGCUCAUGCAGCUUUCCCUAUCCCGAAGGAGUUGGAGGAUGCAUUCAUCAAGAUCUCCUUCGAGGAGAUCAAGAGCUCCCCAGCGAACAAUGCUGCGGGAAAUGAUCCUAUGUACCCUGCGUUCGUCUUCAAUUCGUCGGAAAGACGCUCUGGAACUGAGAUUUGGGCAUACGAGGAACUCCGCCGGAUCUAUCCCCGUCACACCAUCGUCCCUUCCGCGCAUAUAAACAUCCUUGGAUAUCCUCACGCGAUGUUCCGGCCCCUCAAUCCCGACCAGAUGAUUACAAACACGUUCUUUGUCCCACUUGCCAGACGUGCUUCUGAUACACCAGGUAUCGUAAUGGAGCAGGUCACAUAUGGGACUUUCAUGGUUGCGUGGGAUAAAUAUGAGUUUAUCUUGCACAUUCUUACGUUCACUAUUCCAAUGUUCGGCUACGUGACGUACAAUUACCUCCUCCACGAUGGUCCCCCAGAGCCGUGCCGUCGGCUUAUCCUCGAAGCCGGCUUGUUUCAGCAAGCCCUGCAUAACGAGAUCUAUGUCUACAACCAAGGGUACUGGCACAAAGAUGUGGAGCUCUGGUACGAGAUCCAGAAGGCCGAUUGGAAUGACAUCAUUAUGAAGCCGGAAUAUAAGGAUGAAGUGAAGAAGGACGUGUAUGGCUUCUUUGAUUCUGAGCAGAUCUACAAAGAGCUUGGAAUUGCAUGGAAGCGCGGCAUGAUCAUGUGGGGACCGCCCGGGAAUGGAAAGACUAUCACUGUCAAGGCCAUAAUGAAGGACUGCGAUGCGAAAGGAUUUGCGCCGCUAUACGUCAAGUCGUUCCAACAUUACGCUGGGGAGGAGGCUGCCAUGCAAGCGGUCUUUGACAAAGCACGCCAAAUGGCUCCCUGUGUUCUGAUAUUCGAGGAUCUGGAUGCCUUGAUCAAUGAUCGCAAUCGGUCCUUCUUUCUAAACCAGAUGGACGGGAUCUCCAACAAUGACGGGUUGCUGUGCAUUGGUACGACCAACCAUUAUGAUCGAUUGGACCCCGGUCUGUCCGAACGUCCCAGCCGCUUCGACCGAAAAUACUUGUUCGACAAUCCCGACUGGGAAGAACGCAAACUCUAUUCCAAGUAUUGGCAGCACAAGCUUGCGACCAACAAGAAAAUCUCCUUCCCUGACCCGCUUGUAGAUGACAUUGCAAGUAGGACAGCAGACUUCAGCUUUGCCUACCUCAAGGAGGCAUUCGUGGCCGCCCUCGUCGUCCUGGCGAAUGGACCAGAGAACUCCAAAGACUUUGCCACAACCAUUCGCGAGACGAUCCAGUCCCUUCGUAAACAGAUUGAGAAAGGCCGCCCAGCUCUUUGGUCCCGAGCAGGAGCAGAUGGACCCAAGGUCAUCAUUCAUGGUACCGGCACUAUCCCUAAGCCAGAGUCAAACUACCUCGAAGCUGCUCGGGCGGCGCACGAGCUCGGCCGUCGCUACUUCUGA